AUGAGCGCGAGACAGCGCAAGUUGUACGACAAAGUCAAGAAGGCCAGUACAUCGUUCGAACAGCAGUGCGAGAAUAUUGACGAUGCCGGCGCACAAGCGAUUGCUGAGGGACUCAAAGGCAACCCGAACGUGGAGAAACUCUUUCUGUGGGGCAAUCAGAUUGGUGAUGCUGGAGCGCGGGCGAUUGCUGAGACACUCAAACUCGAUGCGGACCUGCGAAAGCUUGAUCUGUACGACAAUCAAAUUGGCGAAGAUGGUGCGCGGGCGAUUGCUGAUGCACUCAAGCUGAACACGACGCUGACAAAGCUCAAUCUGAAUGAUAAUCAGAUUGGUGAUGCUGGGGCACAAGCGAUUGCUGAGACACUCAAAGUGAACACGACGAUGGAGAGGCUCUGUCUGAGUGCGAAUCAGAUUGGGGAUGCUGGUGCCCAGGCACUUUCUGCGGCACUCAAAGUGAACAAGACGUUGAUCAAGAUCGAGCUAUGGAAUAAUCAGAUUGGCGAUGCUGGAGCACAGGCGAUUGCUGAAACACUCAAAGUCAACGCGACGCUCACCCAGCUCACUUUGGACAAGAAUAAGCUUGGCGAUGCUGGAGCGACGACGAUUGCUGAGAUGCUCCAAGUAAACAAAAUACUGACUUCGCUCGGCCUGGACUACAAUCAGAUUGGCGAUGCUGGAGCGAACGCAGUUGCAGAAGCACUCAAAGUGAACACGUCCUUGCGAACGCUCCAUUUGGGCAAGAUUGGCAACGCCGGAGCGCAGACAAUGGCUGAAGUUCUCAAAAUGAACACGCUGACUCGUCUCAGUAUGUGUCAAAUUGGCGACGCAGAAGCGCAGGCCAUUGCUGAGGCACUCAAAGUGAACACGACCUUGACUGAUCUCAGGCUGGACUUGGGGUAUAUUGGCGAGGCUGGAGCAAAUGCGAUCGCUAAGUCACUCAAGAAUCUGCGCUAUCUUCAUCUCGGGAAAAAUCGGAUUGGCGAUGCUGGUGCGCAGGCGAUUGCAGAGGCAGUCAAAGUGAACAAUAAACUGCGCUUCCUCGUUUUGGAUGAGAAUGAGAUUGGCGAUGCGGGAGCGCAGGCGAUUGCUGGGGCACUCAAGGUGAACUCGACAAUGUCCUGGCUCUAUUUGGAAGACAAUCAGAUUGGCGAUGCUGGAGCCCAGGCGAUUAACAAAGUGUUCAAGAUGAACCCGAAGCUGGUGGAAGUUUACAUUUACGACCAGAUUAACCCUCUAGCAUUCUCCUUACUUCCACGCGUAGCAACCGCUGACGACCUUCAGACCGUAUUUUGCUUGCUGACCGGCGAACCGGCGCUAGAGGAUCAGUCCUCACUUCUACCAGCAUUACCAGCCGAGAUUGCCGACAUCAUUAUGGACGAAGCGCAACACUGGCAAGGCGUGCAGCAUACCAAACGAAGCCCGUACGAUGACCGUCAUGUCAAGGUCACAGUGCCUCAAAGCAUCUAUGGAAAUUCGACCCGUGUGAAAGCAAUUCAAGUGGUUCGGGACACGAAGAAACUUUACCACCGCAUCGGUGACAAUGUCUUUGACUUGAUUGUUCGAGAUGAGCAAGGUGCUGUUCAAUAUGAAUACGCGGCGAAAGCUACUUUUGUCGAUUCUACGCUCGUAUCCGCGACGCUCUGGCCAGCGAGUACUCCUAUCAUCAGGCAAAUCCGCGUGGGUUGGCAAGUUCAGGUUCAACCCAGCAAGUCUGCCCGAGAUGUGCUGUUUGAAUCGCUCGUUGUUAGAUGCGUUUAG